AUGGGCCACCGGGGGCCAUGGCUGCACACUUGUGUCCUCUGGGCCGCUGUGGCCAGCCUGCUCCUCACCCCCGCCACGACCCAGCAGCUGAGAGGGGCUGGGCCGGGCCCCAGCAGCUGGAACAAUGCAGGAGUGGCCGAGCCCACAGAGGACAUGUCAGGGGAGUUUGGCCACCCCCGCCACAGCCAGAAAGGCCCUGGAGAUGAGGGGGAGCGUGGACAGCUCUUCCCAGGCCACACAGGACAUGGAGCGGAGGACGGAGAGGUCUCCAGGGAAUAUGAGCAUCAGCUCCAAGGCCACGACAUUGGGGACGAGAAUGCCUCUGAGGAGGCCUCCACAGAGCAGCCCCACGGGCACAGAGACCACGGCAGUGAAGACAUGGAAGAUUCCGUCGAGUACCAGCACCACCUUCCCAGCCACAGAACUCACAGCGUUUCUGAGGAGGAGGAGGAGGGAGUCGUGUCCAGCGAGCACCCUGGUCAUAUCGUCAGGCAUGUCCACGGGGGCCACAGGGAAGAGGAGGAGGAGGAGGAAGAGGGCGAAUAUGGACUCCAGGCCUACCAAGGCCGCAGGGAAGAGGAAGCCGAGAAUGGCUCGGAUGAACACCGCCAGCACGGUCCCAGCCACAGGCACCGAGGCCACAGAGAAGAAGGGGACGCCUCCACUGAGUAUGAACUCCAGGUCCACAGGCACCGAGGCCACGGCGAGGAAGAGGAAGAGGACAACGAUGCCUCCGAUGAAUACCACCAGCGUGGCCCCAGCCACAGAUAUCACGGCCACAGAGGAAAGGAAGACGACGAUGAAGAUGAUGACGGGGAUGCCUCCCCUGAGGAUGAACUCCAGGCCCACAGGCACCGAGGCCACGGCGAGGAAGAGGAUGAAGAUGACUCAGAAGAACAUCACCAUCAUGUCCCCAGCCUCGGACAUCGAGGCCACGUAACGGAGGAAGAUGAGGAUGUGUCCACUGAACACUGGCACCAGGUUCCUAGACUUGGCCACCAAGGCCUUGGACAUGAGGAGGAGGAGGAGGAGGAGGACCUCGAGUUCGGCCACCAACCCCAAGACCACACAGGCGCUGGAGAGGACUUCCCAGACGGGCAUGAGCCAGCUGGCUCUGGUCCUCACCACCACAGAGCCCCCGAGGAGGAAGGCAUCGCUCCACAGCUUAGCCACAGGCGACACGGCCACAGAGACGAAGUGCCUGGCCACAGAGGGUCUGUUAAAGAGACUGGCCACCAGCCUCCAGAGCACACAGAGGUAGAGGCCAGAAGCCAUUCUCGGGAGGCAGAUUCUGAGGAAGAAGACCAGGGGUCCCAUGAGGAAGAGGAUGAAGGCUUGCCGCAGGAAGACACCCGCCAGGACAACCUGGACCAGGAGGAUGAGGAGGGUGAGGAGGAAGGCCACGGUCUCCGUCUGAGCCAGGAGGAAGAGGAGGAGGAAGAGGAACAGGAGAAAAGGGAAGAGAAGGCGGAGGUCCUGGGCUCACGGAGCCCAGACCACGAUGAGGAGGAAGAGGAGCAGGGGGAGCUGGAGGAAGACGAACUUCCCUUUACCAUCAUCCCCAACCCACUGGCCAUGAGGGAGGUAGCUGGCGGAGCCUCCAGUGAAGAGGAGAGUGGUGAGAUCGUGGGUCCUCACGGCGCUCAGGAGUAUGGGAACUACCAGCCAGGCUCCCUGUGCGGCUACUGCUCCUUCUGCGAUAGAUGCACAGAAUGUGAGAAGUGUCACUGCGAUGAAGAGAACAUGGGGGAGCACUGUGACCAGUGCCAGCACUGCCAGUUCUGCUACCUCUGCCCGCUGGUCUGCGAGACUGUCUGCACCCCAGGAAGCUACGUCGACUAUUUCUCCUCAUCUCUGUACCAAGCCCUGGCGGACAUGCUGGAAACCCAGGAACCCUGACAAGGCCUCACAGCGGAGGCGCGGAGGUAGCUCCCGGGCCCUCCCGUCUCUUUCCACGAGUCUAUUUAUUUCUCUGAAUAAACGU